AUGGGCCUCCUAGAGCUCCCACCCGAGCUCCGCAACCAGAUCUACCAGUUCGCACUCGUCGACCCCAACGAUCAGGACUUCGGCAAAUACCAAGACCACAAACCCCGCGAACCAGCACUACUCCUCACGAACCGUCAAAUCCGUAACGGAGCUUUUCCAGUCUUCUGGGGCGGCAACACGUUCUGCUUCGUCAAUUCGAUCAUGACGGAUCUCUGGCUCAAACGCCUGCAGCCACACAAGCUCGCAGCGUUGCGAUCGGUACUGGCCUCCCACCCAGAUUACGCUCAUAUCUGGUCGAUGCAGGUUUCUCGAGGGAAGGAGGAUCUGCAGAAACUUGGACUGCGAUGCAAAGGCUUGUGCGAAGAUGUGGUGAAGUUGCCGAUGAGGGUCAAGGUUGAGGAGGUAGAGCGGGGCGAAGAGGAUCAGGAUGAAGAUGAGAAGAUGCAUGACGAUGAGGAGGAGUCGACGGAGGCGCAGGAGCAGCACGAGGUCAUUUGGAUCGCACUUCCGGACAUCGAUAGCUACGAGGCGGCAGAUGGCUUUGUGGUCCGCAAGGCCAUCGAAGAGUAA